UUUUCCAAAAAUUCUUCGCUGCGUUUAUUCCAGAAGAUGGGAUGGACCUGAAUCCUAGCGGGGGCACUUUAGAAUCUAACUGAGAAUGAGGAGAACCAUUUGUCCUGAGAAAUGGAUCACCAGCAGCAAAUAUUCCCAGGAGCUUUCUCUGUGGAAAAGCCCAGUUUGUCUAGAGCAGCUGCCUCCAAGGAGCUUCAAGACAGCGGGAGCAGAAUGGCGUGGUCGGCGUGGCAAUGCUUGGAGAGUCUUGUGCAACGGAGAGCAGAACCCAGUGGGGAGGAGACCUCGGACAGUAGCUCCGUGGUGGUGAUUGAGGAGCAGAGUGACGUUGGAUCUAUGUCAGAUGUAGAGGACAUUAGGGAAAUCUCUGUCGAAAUGGAGGCCACCAAAAGGAAAAGCUCUUUGGGGGAAGAAACAGACCUACUUUCUUAUCCAAAGGGUCCCCUGCCGGAGGUUGAGUUUGUGAUGGAGGAAGCAGAGGAGAAGGCCUCCUGCCAAGGAGAAGACCCCAGUGAAGCUGGGCUGGUCCUGUGUCCCGAGGCGUCCCUGGCCAGGGCGGAUUCUCUGGGGGAGGAAUCCGAGGUCAUCGGGUAUGAGGAGGGAUCCCCACUGGGGGCGGAGACUGAGAUGGCCCUGGCGAUGGGGGGUCCCAACGGGGAGGAAGUGGAUGGAGCUGCUUACUGGGAAGCAGAUGCCGUGGGAGAAUCGGAGUCUUUUGUUUACCAGGGUGGUUCUCCCGCAAGAGGGGGAUCCAGCGGGGAGGAGCCAGAAGAAAUCCGUUCUCGGCAGAGCUCUCUCUCCGGGAACGGCUCUGAUGAGGAGGCUGUCGGCAAGUGGGCAGCCGCCGGGAUGGGCCUGGUCGCCAAGCCGCGCCCCCCCAAGCCGCGCCACAUCUGUGGCGAAUGCGGCCGCAGCCUGGCCAGCCACUCGGCCCUCGUCCGGCAUUGCCUCAUCCACACCGGGGAGCUCCCUUACGCUUGCACGGAGUGCGGGCGCCGCUUCCGGCAGUCCUCGGCCCUCGUCCGCCACCUUCGGGCCCAUCGUGGAGAGCGUCCAUACGUUUGCGGCGAGUGCGGCAAGGCUUUCGGCGUCCGGUCGGCCCUGGUCCGGCACCAGCGGGCCCUGCACUCGAGCGAGAGGCCCUAUGUGUGUGGGGAGUGCGGCAAGGCCUACGCCGACCUGUCCAUCCUGACCAAGCACCAGCUCAUCCACGUCAACGGGCGGCCCUUUUCGUGCCCGGACUGCGGCCAGGCCUUCGGGCACCGCACCACGCUGACCCAGCACCGGCGCAUCCACACGGAGGAGCGGCCCUACCGCUGCCUGGAGUGCGGGCAGACCUUCCGGCAGAACUCCGCCCUGGCCAACCACCGCCAGGUCCACUCGGGGAAGCGCCCCUUCUCGUGCCAGUACUGCAGCAAGGCCUUUGCCGGCCGGCCCACGCUUGUGCAGCAUCUCCGCACCCACACGGGCGAAAAGCCGUACAGCUGCCCGGACUGUGGCCGCCAGUUCAGCACCAGCUCCAACCUGCUGCAGCACCGGCGGAGCCACCUGGGCGAGCGGCCCUUCGCCUGCUCCCUGUGCGGCCGGCGGUUCGCCCGGCGGCCCGACCUGGCCCGGCAUUACGUGACCCACGCCGAGGGGAGCGUCCGGCCGCACCGCUGCGGCGAGUGUGGCCGGCGCUUCGUGGAGCCGGCCGAGCUGGAGCGGCACCGGGCCACGCACCGCGGGGAGCGGCCCUACGGGUGCAGCUUCUGCGGCAAGUCCUUCGCGGAGGCGGCCACGCUGGCCCGCCACCGCCGGUCGCACCUGCCCACGGCGCAGCAGGCCUACCGGUGCCAGGAGUGCGGGCAGAGCUUCGGGCAGAGCUCGGACCUGCUGGCCCACGGGCGGGUGCACAGCGGGGAGCGCCCCUACGCGUGUGCCGACUGCGGCAGGGCCUUUGGGCGCAGCUCCAACCUGGCGCGCCACCGGCGGGUGCACACCCAGGAGCGGCCGUACGUCUGCGGGGACUGCGGGAAGAGGUACACGCAGAGCACGCAUCUCGUGGAGCACCGGCGGCAGCACAUGGGCGAGCGGCCCUACGAGUGCGCCGACUGCGGGAGGUCGUUCGGCAAGAAGGGGCACCUGGACUCCCACCGGCGUGUGCAUCGCCCCUUGCCCGUGUCCCCCGGCGAGGAGGGGGGGUCCCUGGCUGAGGAGGCCGACUUGGGCAGUUCGCAGGACGCAUGA